UGUGUGGGUGAGUGCAGGAUGCUAAAACCUGGAGCUGUGAAGGGGGGGAGGGGAGAGAAUAGAGACGCUUAAGAAAUAGAAGAAAAAAGAAAGAGACUGAAAUUAGGAAGAGAAGAAGAAGAAGGGAGGAUUGUGAGGACAGAUGCUGAGGAGAGAGUGAUAGUGAAGCGCAAACUGAGGAGAGGGUGAGGAGGAGGAGGAGGAGGAGGAAGAGGAGGAGGAGGAAACGAUCUGCUGGAGGAAGCAGCAGCAUCGUUGAUUUUUGCAGGAGCCAAGGCAGCCGUCCUCCGUUGCCGUGACGAUGGGCUGCUGGCUCUCUGGACCGUGGAUGGGGGACCAAACGUUGAGUGGGCGGAGUCUUGCAAACCUGAGCCAGCGCGAUGCUCUGCGGAUUCUGGCGGCCACUCAGCGUCCAAUCACCAUGCAGAUCAAGGGUCAGAGGGGGUGUGGCACCGAGGCAGACAGGGGAAUCUGGGAGCCUCUACCCCUCAACCUGCAGCACCUUAACCUGCCACUCCCAAUGAUGGGGGCGGGGCACAAUGCCUCCAGUCCCUCCUACCAGGACAGACUUUAUUACAGCCAUCUUGCUCUGCCACAAGAUCACUGUGAUGCAGGACGGUACAGCUACCUGUCCAGUUCCCCACGGGACACAAUGGACAUCAGCCACAAGAUCCCUCAGGACCCAGAACUGACUGGUCGUGGACAAAAGGGACAGAACUGCCUGAUGGGAUGUUGCAAUGCAAACUUAGAGGAACCGAACGGCUUCCAAAGUCAGACUGAUGACGAGGACUUCAUGAUGGAGAAGCCGCUGGGCUUCAUGCCCCUCCACCAUGAGCUGGACAGCGGUCUGGGCUGGACUGAUGGCUCCAUCCACCAGGGGGACCUCUCCGGGCUGGAGACUGAGGAGGGAGGCCUGGAGGACUGCCAUUCACAUGGGCCCCUCGCCCCAGGGGGGUGUGGGGGCUUCGGAGGUGGCGGCUCUCCCUCCUCUGAGUCCUUUAUUUCCUCGGAGCUCAGUGACUCGGGCUUCUACAGCGUGAGCACCGGGGAGUUCAGGCACUUCCAGAGGCUGCUGGAGAAGCGCAUGCGGCUGUACAACGCCAGGCUGCAGCAUCAGGGCGAAGCCUGCGAGAGGCGGGAGCGGCGUGACAGCUGCCCCAAGAGCCACCGGGAGCUGCUGGAGGCCAUCCCUGAGGCGCUGACCGUGCAGCCUCAGUGUCAGCGCCUGCAGGUCGAGAUGGAGGACGGCACUGGGUCCAUCAUGGAUCUGCCACCACGAGGACUUGUCAGGGUUUCCUCGGUCCAGUUCCACAAAGCUGACCGGCCCUGUCUGAACCGUCACAGCUCCAGCAGUGGAGCUCUGUUCAACCCCUCCCACGCCCAUGCAGCAGUCUCACGAAUGAAUGCCCCAGUCCUCUCCACCUGCAGCACCCCCUCCAGCCACCGGAGACCACUGGUACCCAUACAGCAGCAGCACCACGAGGGCUCCAGUUCAGUAGGUAUGCUGAGAAGAAGUAGAACUCUGCACCAUCGCCCUCCUCCGCAGGAGUACCGCCGCCGGGCCAGCCACCCAUCUUCCCCCUCCUACUGUGCAGAAACCCUGCAUCACUGUGGAGGUGUGCCCCAACAUAACGUCCUGCCACCGGGCCUUGGAGAGGAAGGUGAGCUAGUAGCUGGUGUGAUGGCUUCUCACCCAGCAACCCUGGCCCUCCCACCACAACAACACCCCAAUGCUUUAGGGCAUAUCAGGAGUGCCAACACCCAUGAGCGAUGCUACGACAACAACGCUAAUGCACAGAUCGCUCACCAUGACUGGUGGCACUCGCAAGAAAGAAACAUGAUGCCAGAGCAACUGGUGGCAGAAAGGGACAGAGAGAUGAAGAGGGAACUGGAACAACAGAGGCAAAUUCAUGAAAAAGAGCUGGAGAGGGAGAGAGAGAGGGAAAGGGAGAGAGAAAGGGAGGCACAGAUUCAGGAAGAGAUGAACAGAGAGAGGCAGCAGGAGCUGGUGAGGAGCCGAGCCAGAGAGCAGCAGCACCUGCAGAGUUUAGUCAACCCUCCUCAGGCUGGUGACGUCAACGACACCUGGCCGAAACCUGCCAACCGUCAGUCUCAGGGUGGCGGGGGAGGAAGAGGUCUCUACAGCACGCUGGAGGGCCACACAGGGGCUGGCUGUGCAGUUGGAUGGGAUGCAAAGAAAGGACACAUAAAUGAGAAUACAAGCCCUAAUCCCUGUUCUGGUAUUCAGCUGAAACCUAAUCCAAUCGCCAAACCCAAUACAACCUCUAGGGUCUCCAGGAACCAGCUCUUAAGAGACCGGGCGUCUCAGCUAGCGGAUGAACGCAGUGGAAUGAGCACAGACGAGGAGACCAAUACCGACAUGCUCAUGGGUCGUUACUGGAGUCGCAUGGAGAGAAGGGAACACUUUCUGUUGGCCCGUGAGCAGAAGCAGCAGCAGAUGCAGGCCAGAGGAGCGACUUUACGAGACACCAUUGUCAGGGGAGGAACCAUCGCUGGAGGAGGAGGAGUCUCUGUUGGAGAAGGCUCUAUGCUGGACAACAGAGGAGGCGGAGCUUUUGCAGAAGGGAGGUGCAACACGGUGCUGGAGCUGAGUCAGAGGAAGCUCAGUCGUCUGAGGAACAGGAAGCUUUUGGAUGACUGGACGACAGUAGAGGAGCUGUUGACUCAUGGGACCAGGCUGAACAAUGAGGACAGGCUGUGUACCAGCUCCCUGCUGACGGUCACCACCGUCUAACUGCAUGGGCACCACGUCUAAAUAUAACUCUGUGUGAGUGUGAUGUCAAGCUAACAUGACGACAUUUUAGUGAUUCCUCUUGUUCUGUCUUUUCAAACUCAAUGGUUAGAUUGAUAUCAGUUUCUUCUGUGUGACCUGUACACAUAUAGUUCCAGGAAAUGGCCUAGCUAAGCAAAGAGGCAGGUGGCAGGGAGGAAAUUCAAGCCUAGCUUAAUCUAUUGUAGAAAUAAACGAACUCCUAUCCUGUCUAAUUCAAACAAAAUGAUUCUCUUACACCCUGCACAAAGUCGCACAAGAGACUUAAUACAACCUCUUUGCACCUUAAUUUGCGCCCAGGUUAUACACCUUUUUAAAUAACAAAAGUGGAGUAGGGCACACCCUAAAUGUACUUGGCCAUGCACUUCAGAUAGUUUUAAAAGGUCCCGCACAUCACCCCUCUAUGGUUGUAUGUACAAGUAUGCCACCCCAAAACAUGACUGUCCAUAAAGUACGUACCAACAGCAUAGUGCCACUGUGUGCUAUUCAGCUUGCUGCCUCUAUAAUUUUUGGAGUAUUUUUGAAAUAUUGUCCAACAGGGUCCUCUUCUUCUCUGUACUUAAAGCUCAAAGACGAAACUGAUAAUCAUCUUCUCAUAUAACUGUGGGGAUGGCAGUAAACAAGACGACUUACAGAAAUGUGGAACUGUUCCUUUAAUGAAUAUGUGUGAGAGACUCACUACAUCACCUCAACUGAUAGCUUUAUGUGUGGGUGUGUGAUCACUGUACAGCACUCGGAACAAAAUGUGUGUGUCAGUGCAUGACGCUUGUAAAGACAAAAAAAACUAACAAGGUCAGAUACGCGUGUAUGUUUGCAUCAUGGGUUUCAUGCUACAUCUUAUGCUACAUUUAUUUCACAGAAUCUUUGACAAAAUGAAAAACAAAAUGAAAUAUUCAAACAGACCAUGAGAUUUCGGGGAGCAAUACUGUCCUGCGUGAUGUACCUGGCUGUGCACUAAUGAUCGAUCACACACGACUACUUUUACAUCAGAGCCACAGAACACAUCAACUGUAGCAAUGCAGACAAUGACAACUGAGAUUUGAUAUUAAAAUCCUGAAUGGUUUUUAUAGAAACUCUGUUUACAAUUCAAAUAUCAGUCCAGUGAGCUUUUGUAACGGAAAUGAAAAACGCAACCGGGUUUACUAGGUUGUGAAACACUAGUGAAACCAUGUGGAUCAGGGAUGGGGAACAAUGUGUCACACAAAAAAAUUCGACCACAGCUUUUAUGUAUGAAAUCAGCUACUGUUGUACUUGGAAAACACAUUAACGCCAACCACUGAGUUGUAAUAAUUUGAUGGAAGAUGAAAUGAUAUAUCUAAAAUAUUUUCUCAAUGAAAGCACCGUAAUGUAAGAUGUCGUACUAACAAAAGUCAUUAUUACUUUUCAGCCGACAUGGCAUGAAUGCAGCAUAAGAUUCUCUGUUCAUGGCACAAGGCUCCCUGUUCCUGCUGGUGUCUUUACUGUUGGCAGGAUGUUUACAGAUCUACCUACCCAGGUAACAGCUUAUGCAUGCUUACUGAAAUCUGAAGUGAUGCGUUGACUGUGUGGAGACAAUUUCAAAGAAAGAAGAUAAACUGCAAGUCAACUAUACGUUAGUUUGUCCAGGCUGCUGCAGCAUCUGUACAGUCAGGACAGACAGCACUCAAGUCAGUGUUGACAUUCCAGUAGAGGCAGGUACAGUGUGAGUAAAUCUGAAAUCUACUGAUUCCAGUCUGCAGUUCGGGAAAAUGUGCAAUAAUACCUCAAGCUACUUUUACAAUGACAGUGUUGUUGUGUGCACUUCCUGUCAGGUGUCCAUCAAAUGCAGUAACUCGUUUAAAUCAAACAGAUGCACAAACAUGACGAGUCACCGCAAGUGCACAGUAAUCCUAGAAUCAAAAUGUCAAGAGCAACGGUUAUGUACAUAUUUACAUUAUUUGUUUACAUCGUUUUCCAUGAGAGGGACCUAAGAAAACAACUUUUUGCACAUCAUUUUUUAUACGAAACAUUUUCCCUACCUUUCUGUACCAGGGACUAAGGCCAGUGAAACGACUGUAGAUAGAACGACUGUGUGUUGAUGUUUCUUUAUAAACUAUCAUAGUGAUUUAUGAAGGAAAAAAUAUGUUCAUUGUCAUUGUGUUGGACAUAUUUCAAUAUUUUUCUUGUGGUGGUUUCAAAACCAAUGUUUUAUGACUUUUAAAAUCUACUUAAUUUAUUAAAAAGCUGAAGAAACUUUGAUUUACCAUUUUCAAAGAGUAAACACAAAAUGUGAAUAUUAUUGUCUCUUUAAAUGGCUAAAUUGAAUUUUAUUGUUGUUUUGUGUCAUUAUGACAUGUACAUAUUGAUUUUGUCAGAAGGUGCAGAUGAGGUUUGAGUUAGUAAUAGGACAUGCUGGUGCCACCAGACACCUCCAGUGGUUUAUCAUGUGACUCUGUAGGGUUAAACAGUAGCUGUGUUAUGGAGGCUGUACAUACAGCACAGAGAUUAACAUUGUAGUAUUAGUACAUUUAACACUCACAAUAUGGUCAACGUUCAUGGAAAGUAGUUCAGUUUGUUCUGAAUGUUAAAUGUGGCAUCCAUGAAUUAUAAGUAGGCUCACUGACACUGUAAUGCCUAAAGGAGCACUACAACAUUUGAGAUUAAUCUUCUUUCUCUCUGUCUUUUCCAGAGUCAGAUGAUUUAGAUGGAUAUCAGUCUCAUCUCUGUGAAUAGGGGAUAGGAAUACGGUAUACAGGGAUGGUCCAUACAUGUUUAGCAUUGGUAAGCAGGAAUACUAGUGGCAAAAAACUCACAGCAGCCAGUGUUAUAUGUUUAAUCUUAAUAAUUAAACAUGUGUAUCAAUAUAAAAAAUGGUGGUAUUACCAGAUGUAUUGAAAAACAGUGGAGCAUAUUUGUAUUAAAAACUAAACAAUGCUGGCAGUGCUUUGAGCAUCAGCAUGGUAACAUGCUCACAAUUCACAUGGUGAUGUUUAGCAGGAAAUGGUAACCAUGGAUACUUUCCCAGUUAAGUAUAAAUACCAUUAGUAAAAAAGACCUAAACAAAACCAGACAUAUUUGAAUAUCCGAACAUCAGAGAUGUGAUAAGACAUUAAUCUCAGAGAUCUGUAACCAGGCGAAGCUGGGCGUAGUGACAGAAUAUUCUUUCCUCAUGGUAGAGUUAGGAUUAAGUAAGCAAAUUGUUUGUUUAAAUGAGACAGCUGUGGAGUUCUUGAAAGACUGAGCUAGGUUAGCAGUCUUUGUGCUGACCUCAGCACGUCCUUGGCCCUUCCAUAGACAGGAAUCACAGAGAGGAAACUGAUAUCCAUCCUCUAAGCUAAAGAAGGCAGAAAACAAGAUAAUUUACAGAAAUGUCAAACUGUUUGUUUAAAACACUCGGAGAGAAAAGACGUGGAAUCUGAUGUUUCCACAUUUCCCCUCUCUCUCCCGGCUGUGACUCAAAGAGUCUGAAUAAUGGAUGACGAAGAAAGAAUUUUUCCUUUUCACCCGCCCCCGCCUUCACUCUCUUUGCUUACGUUACACAAGGACACUAAUAGCUGAAAAUAGCGCUGCUGUCCUCAUGUGAUGUGAAAUUAAAAGCACACUGGAGCGGAGACACUUGCUGCUGGGGAUCUCAACACUUGUUUCACUCCAUCUGACAAUCCCUCCAUCCAGCCUGCAACACCACCUCCAUCUGUCUGUGCAAGGGUACUUUUCACAACAGCAAGCUUUUUGGAAUAUGAUGAUGUACAUGUGAUUGUAAUAAAGAGAUUUUA